CACUCCAAAUACGUUAAAUCAAAACUAUAAAACCCCAACUCCAAUGAAUCCUAUCACCACAUUCCCCACUCUCAACCCCACUCACGCGCCACAUUUCACCUCACACACACCAUGUGGGCCCCACAGCAUCAACACGCCACCGCCUGAUACGCGCGUGGAGAAUCAUUCCCUCACGCGCCCUGGAGAAUUUUGUUUGCCCUAGUCGCCUGCGAACUCUCCCCUCUCUCUAUAUCGGGCAUCAUCAUGCUUCAUCGUUUCCGCCUCCGAUCCCCGUUCUUCGAUUCGCAUUCGAUUGCUGCUAUCGUUCGAUCCGGAUUACGAGGUUCUCUUGAUUGGCGCUUUUGAUCUUCCCGAGUCAAAGAUGGAACCCAUGGAUAUUGUUGGAAAGGCGAAAGAGGAUGCUUCGCUCCCGAAAGUGUUGUUUAUGCCUAAAAUCGUAUUCAUGUCCUCUGCUUUAUUGAUAUCCAUUGUGGGCUUGGCCCACUGAGCCACCCAAGUUUUGUAAGCUACAAUGACUAAAAUUAUUAAGGAAAUGUUGCCUCCAGAUGUACGUGUUGCAAGAGAUACUCAAGAUCUUUUAAUUGAGUGCUGUGUAGAAUUUAUUAAUCUGAUUUCAUCCGAAUCAAAUGAAGUUUGUAGCAGAGAAGAUAAAAGAACAAUUGCACCAGAGCAUGUUCUCAAAGCACUAGAGGUUCUUGGUUUUGGGGAUUACAUAGAAGAAGUUUAUGCCGCAUAUGAACAACACAAACUCGAGACAGUGGAUACAGUACGAGGUGGAAAGUGCACAAAUGGAGCUGAGAUGACUGAAGAAGAAGCAUUAGCAGAACAACAGAGGAUGUUUGCAGAGGCACGUGCUAGAAUGAAUGGUGUUGGUGUUGCUGCAAACGCUCCUCCUAAACAGACUGAAGCUGAGCCAAGUUUAAACAGCUAACUUAGAUCACCUCUAAAAUUAUUCUAGUAGCUUCUUCAGCUUCUUCUCUUCUUCUCUAAUCUAUCUAUCGUAUGUACAAAGUCCCUUUGGCUUAUUAGUUGCCUGUUACCUCUUUCAAUGUUAGUGUAAUUUGUACCUCUUUCUCUCCCUAUUCAUGUCUAUAUGCUUGCUGAUCAUUUAGUCAAAGUCAUAGCUGUCUCUUAUUUGUUAGCCAAUCUGCAGCUGAAUGGUUUCUUACUUUAUUAUUGUUGAAAAGGGAAAUUAAAUACAAGGUUGCUUACAUUAUUUUCAA